AUAGCAGCAGCUUGUCCUUUCUUCAGAAAAUACUUCACAAAUGUCUGAGUUGCAUCUGGGAGAGAAGGAGCAGCUGGCUUUGGUUUGAGACAUCCCAGGGACGAGGAGCAGCUGGGGCUGUAAGCCGUCUUAGAGAGCUGCCACUGAUGAAGACAAUAAGAUGUUAACGUGAUGCAGUUUAUUCUCCCUGGGAAGGACCUGGCUCUGCGUGAGCUGCUCUGGCAGAUGUGGAACUGCAGGAUUAAUGGAGACGUGAUGAAAGCUUAGCCAGCCCCCUGGCAGGCAGGACAGAUGCUGCCUCAUCCCUGACGAUCUGCAAUGGAAGUGCCCAGUACCAAAGAUUUCCAAUGGAAAACCCUCGCACCCCUCCCCAGCGGCAGGGUCUACUGCUCGCUUGUGGAGGCAGGCGGCCAGGUCUUUGCCAUCGGAGGCUGCGAUGACAACGGAGUCCCCAUGAACUGCUUCGAGGUUUACUCCCCCGAAGCCAACCAGUGGAACUCUCUCCCUCCCAUGCCUACGGCCCGGGCCGGAGUAGCCGUGGCCACCCUGGGCAAGCGGAUCAUGGUGAUAGGAGGGGUCGGGAUGAACCAGACGCCCUUGAAGAUAGUGGAGAUGUACAACAUAGAUGAUGGCAAGUGGAAGAAGAGGAACUCCUUGAGGGAAGCCUCGAUGGGCAUCUCCGUGACGGUGAAAGACUACAGAGUCUACGCGGCUGGCGGGAUGGGACUGGACCUGCGGCCUCACAACUACAUGCAGCACUACGACAUGCUCAAGGACAUCUGGGUGUCACUCGCGACCAUGCCCACGCCCAGGUACGCUGCCACCUCCUUCCUGCGGGGCACCAAGAUCUACGUGCUCGGUGGGAGGCAGUCCAAGUACGCCAUCAAUGCCUUUGAGGUCUUCGACACAGAGACCAGGUCAUGGACCAAGUUCCCCAGCAUCCCCAGCAAAAGGGCCUUCUCCAGCUUCGUGCCCACGGAGAACAACCUCUUCAGUCUCGGGGGGCUGCGGCAGGGCAGGCUGUACCGGCAGCCCAAGUUCAUGAAGACUGUUGAUGUGUUUGACAUUGAGCAAGGUGGCUGGAUGAAGAUGGAACGCUCCUCCUUCCUAAAGAAAAGGCGAGCGGACUUUGUCGCUGGCUACUUGAAAGGAAGGGUCAUCGUGGCCGGGGGGCUAGGGAACCAGCCAACGGUCCUAGAGUCAGCUGAAGCCUUCCACCCAGGGAAGAACAAAUGGGAGAGCCUGCCACCCAUGCCGACCCCCCGCUGCACCUGCUCCAGCAUCGUGGUGAAGAACUGCCUGCUGGCCGUUGGCGGAGUGAACCAGGGCUUGAGUGAUGCAGUGGAGGCACUGUGCGUCUCUGACUCCUAGCCACCCCCUUUCCAAUUCCCACUCCCUGACAGGUCCAUCUCUGAGGUCCUGGGAAAGUGGCAGUGGCAGUGAUGCUGUCAGGAUCAGCCUCGCGUAGUUUGCACGCUGCUCUCUCCUGCUGCACCUCUAGCUGCCUGCACAGGACAUCCCGGGGAAGGUAGGCAGCACCCCACCCUCGUGCGCACACCUCUGAAGCUAAGGCUGCUCUGAAGCUGUUGGCCAGCAGGGGCUCCUGAUCGUCUGUUAGCCAGUCUCGGUACCCAGGGGCAUCACCCCUUCAUCUCCACCUCCAUCCAGGACCCCUUGG